AUGGACAAUGGGCGUGUCAAAGUUACCUUAACCAAUCCAUCUGGAUCAGUUGCAGGAAUUCAGUACAAUGGAAUUGAUAAUGUACUGGAAUAUACUAAGAAAGAAACAGAUAGAGGGGAAUGGGAUAUUGUUUGGAGUUCUAAGAACGUUUAUGGCAGAUUUGAUCUUCUUUUUGCGACACAUUUCAAGGUUAUAGUAGCUGACCAAAACCAAAUUGAGGUUUCAUUUAUGAAAUACUUAAACUCUCAUGAUCGAGGAAGUGUUCCUCUCAUCGUUGACAAAAGGUACGUGAUGCUGCCACGCAUGAGCGGUUUCUAUACAUAUGCAAUAUUCGAUCAUCCUCGAGGAUGGCCCGAUCUGGACAUUGGUGAAGCAAGACUUGCAUUCAAUCUAAGAAAGAGUUUGUUCAAUUAUAUGGCUAUAUCAGAUGACAUUCAAAGAGUGAUGCCAACCGCAGAAGAUCGGAAAAAUGGUCAGACCCUUGGCUUCAGAGAAGCUGCUUUAUUAACCAAGCCAUUGAAUCCUAGUUUGAAAGGGGAGGUGGAUGAUAAAUAUCAAUAUACCUUAGAAAACAAAGACAAUAAGGUACACGGGUGGAUUUGCCCUAAACCACAUGUUGGAUUUUGGAUUAUCAUAGGUAGCAAUGAAUUCUUAUCUGGCGGUCCUAUAAAACAAGACCUUACUUCACAUGUUGGCCCGACUUCCUUAAUGGUGUUUCUUAGUGAUCAUUACGCAGGAAAAGGGUUUUCAGUUCGCAUACGAAAUGGGGAGAGAUGGAAAAAGGUUUUCGGUCCUGUUUUUAUAUAUCUCAAUUCAGAUUCAGGCAACAAUCCACGAACCCUUUGGGAAAAUGCUAAAGAAAUGGCAAUUAUAGAAAAUAGAAAAUGGCCAUAUAAUUUUCCAAGGUCGCAUGACUAUCCCUCGAGAAAUCAACGGUGUACAGUUGCAGGUCGAUUGCUAGUCAGUGAUAGGUUCAUAAGCAAAGGGUUUAUGGCUGCCAAAUUUGCAUACAUUGGGCUGGCCCUACCUGGGAAACCUGGAUCAUGGCAACACGACGCCAAGGGCUAUCAGUUUUGGACACGAACUAACGACAAGGGAUACUUCAAAAUCUUGGCUGUUAGAGCUGGAGUCUACAAUUUAUACGCUUGGAUCCCUGGAAUUCUUGGAGACUUUAAAUACAAAAAAAACAUUUACCUCAAACCAGGAGAUAAUAUUGAUGUUAGUAACCUUUUGUUUUAUCCACCAAGAAACGGUCCAACAUUAUGGGAAAUUGGUAUACCCGAUCGCAAGGCUUCAGAGUUCUUCGUUCCUGAUCCCAAACCUGGGCGGGCCAACAGAUUAUUCUUCCAUAAUAAAGAUAACAACUAUAGACAAUAUGGAUUAUGGGAUCGAUACACAGAUUAUUAUCCUCAUCAAGAUUUAGUGUAUACGGUGGGCAAAAGUGAUUACAGAAAAAACUGGUUCUUUGCUCAUGUAAAUCGAGUUGGGAGGAACCAUAAAUAUGUACCCUCCACAUGGAGAGUUUUAUUUUGGUUGAAUAAUGUUAAUCGGAGAGGAACCUAUACACUUCGAAUAGCGUUGGCUGCUUCUUCCUAUGCCGUUAUAUCAGUUUGGAUUAACAAUCCACAUACACGAGCCAACCAUAUAGUGAAUGGUCUUGGGGCAGACAAUGCAAUUGCCAGGCAUGGAAUUCAUGGGAUGUAUUCAGAGCACAGUUACAGUUUUUCAGGAUCUCUACUUGUGAAAGGCAGAAACACCAUUUUUUUAAAGCAAGCAAGAGGUGGAGGUCCCUUCAUUGGAGUCAUGUAUGAUUACAUUCGUUUGGAAGGCCCUAAGUGA